AUGGCGGCGCCCGGCCUCCCCACGCCGCUGCACGGGCACGUGGGCCGCGGCGCCUUCAGCGACGUGUACGAGCCCGCGGAGGACACGUUCCUGCUCCUGGACGCUCUCGAGGCGGCGGCGGCCGAGCUCACGCGAGUGGAAAUAUGCCUGGAAGUAGGGUCAGGGUCUGGAGUGGUAUCCACAUUCCUAGCCUCCAUGAUAGGUCCUCAAGCUUUGUACAUGUGCACUGAUAUCAACCCUAAGGCAGCAGCUUGUACCCUGGAGACAGCACGCUGUAACAGAGUUAAUGUACAGCCUGUGAUUACUGAUUUGGUCCAAGGCUUGCUACCAAGACUGAAGGAAAAAGUUGAUCUUCUGGUGUUUAAUCCCCCCUACGCAGUGACUCCACCUGAAGAGGUAGGAAGUCACGGAAUAGAGGCAGCGUGGGCUGGUGGCAGAAAUGGUCGCCAAGUCAUGGACAGAUUCUUUCCACUGGUUCCAGAUCUCCUUUCGCCAAGAGGGUUUUUCUAUUUAGUUACCAUUAAGGAAAACAACCCAGAAGAAAUUCUGGAAACGAUGGAGACAAAAGGCCUACGGGGCACGACCGCACUUUCCAGGCGUGCAGGCCAAGAGCACCUCUCUGUCCUGAGGUUCGCCAAGUCCUGACCGCGAGUCUGCUGUUAUGUUGCACAAUGUAUAUGAUGUUGACUACGUGUAUGAAUACAUAUUAUAUUGGACAUAUAUGGGUUUAUAUAUAUAUAUAUAAACACAUAUGUUGAAGCUGAAUGUAGUCACCAUAUUUUGAAACUGAAGUAAUUUCUUUGUUAAGUAAAAUUGUCUUAAAUUUGUCAGAGGAAGGUGGGAGGGUAG